AAAAAGACUUCUUUUACAGCCAAUAAGUUGGAUUAGCUAAUUAAACCUUGAAAUGAAUCUUCUCAGUAUAUUGGACGGGACCCCAGAGCCACCCAUUAUAGAUUUACAUCUUGAGAAUGUGAACGAAAGCGGUGAGUACGACUUGCCAACCCCAAUGUACGAAUUUCAAAAAGAACUUACUGAUCAAAUAGUUUCAUUGCAUUAUCCAGACAUAUUGAAGUAUUGUGAGACCAAUGACACCAAAGAGCUUAUUAUCAAGUCUUUGGAGAUCUGUAUAGAGAAUUGUAUGAUGGUAAGCACGCAUCCUUAUCUAUUAAUCAAUCAUUAUAUGCCAAAGAAUUUAGCACUGAAAGAUAUGUCUAGUAAAUUAGCAGAUACUAGCGGGAAGUUCAAUGUAUUAAGAGAUUUGAUGAAUGUGAUAACUCAAAAUGCAAGUUCCAAGAGUACCAAAAACGUUGGUAUAGUUAUGAAGAAUCUUCCAAGAUUUUUUGAUUUAACCGAAGCUCUUUUAUUGGGUUGCAAAGGUAAUAAAUCAAUUAAAAGAUAUGUUGGGAAUCAUGUUAGAAAAGAGUCUACCAAAGCAAAUAAACAUAACCAUCAUGCAAACGGCCAUGAUAUCCAACCAACAAAUAUUCAUUUGAUUCCUCAAGACGGGAAGUUGGCAAAGUAUGAAGAUGUUCUUUUACAAACAAAGUUUGAUAUUUUAAUUGUUUUCGAUGGCACGGUGGAUACCCAAAGUGACUUCUUUAAUCAAUUGAGAACCCAAAAUAGAAGAGGUGAAGCUAUCAUUAUAAGACUCAUCCCUAUGAGAACAAUAGAACACUGCCAAUUAUUCUAUUCUAAACAAAAGCAUGAAAAAAAUUAUUUAUAUAAGUUGAUUUCUUCGAUUGUUUGCUUACGAGAUCAAAUUGGUAACUUACCUCCUGAUAUCAUUCCAAUCUAUAAUCAAAACUUGCAAUACUUAUCUCAAAAUUUUUUCGAUCAAUUAUUUAAAACUGGAAGUAGAAGCGGGCCCAGAUUUCCUGCUUGGCCCCUUCCUGAAUUACCAACUAUUCCAAAGUUUAACUCAACUGACGUUGAAAGAUCUUUACUAACUGAAGUUCAUUUCCAUUAUACUCCUUAUGAUUCUACCGAUAAUGUUAUUGAUUAUGUUUCCACUUCUAAAAAACCAACUAAAAAAUCUUAUUAUGAACUGAAAAGAUUAGAACUGGACUAUGUUACCAAUCCUUUGAAAAAUGAUUUUAAUACUUUGAUUGGAAUAUACUCUAAUGAUAAUAGCACGAAGUCCACUCAACGAACCGAAAUUAAUAAAAGUAUAUUGACCCAUCGUUUAAUAAUGCAACUCAAUAAUGCCUAUAAAAAUUUAGAUAUAGUUAAUCUGGAACAUCAGGCACAUUUACAAUUUAAUGAUAAUGAAAGACAAGAUAAGUUUGGAAGACGUGAAAAAGAAUAUAACAUGACUUUAAGUAAAAUCUGCGAUGAUAUUGAUCAUACUCAGCAUAGAAUAGAUUUUGCUGAAAAACAAUUUUUAAGAAAGACUGAAAAAAUUGAAGAAAUAAAACAGAAAAAUGCCGAAGUACAAACUGCUCUAGAGUCCUUCAUAAAAGAGCAAAACAUCGAUGAUGAAAAACAAAAACAGUUUGUUGAAAAGCAAUUCAAAAUCUGGGAACUCAGGAAACAAAUAGGCGAUACUCUACUGAAGGUUAAAUCUAAAAAUGAAGAAAAUGCUUAUAUGACCACCGAAUAUCAAAAUGCCGCUAAAUCUAUAGAAGAUUCUAAUAAAGAAAUAAAACAAACUGUUGAUGAUAUUAAAGAUUUGAAACGCAAAAUUGAAACCGCUUUUGAAACUAAUGAAGACAAUAAAAAAUUCAAAAAACAAAGGCAAAACUUACUAGAUAAGAUUGAACUUGCUAAAGAAAAAGACGAUGCAUUAAAGAAAAAAUUGGGUAAAUCAUUAAAGUUCUUAAGGGAUACGUCCCAUCUCAAAAAGAGGAAAGGUAGAGGGGCUACCCCUAAUUCGAAAUAGUUUACAUAGGUGUUAAAAUAUAUAUU